AUGCUACCCAGGCUCACAUUAGAUAACUUUGAGUUCAUCAGAGUACUUGGAAGAGGAACAUUUGGAAAAGUUAUGCUUUGUCGUCAGAAGAAAAACGACCGUAUCUACGCCAUGAAGGUCCUGCGGAAAGAUGUCAUUAUAGAGCGACGAGAGUUGGCACACACGUACGCUGAGAACUGUGUGUUAAAGGCUGUGGAUCAUCCCUUCCUCACUUGCCUCAAGUACUCGUUCCAAACAAACGAUUAUCUCUGCUUUGUAAUGGAGUAUGUUAAUGGUGGUGAACUGUUCUUCCAUCUUACUGAGGAGAGAUCAUUUACUGAAGAACGUACCAGGUUUUAUGGAGCUGAAAUCUGUCUUGCCCUUGGAUAUUUACACGAAAGAAAUAUUAUUUACCGUGAUCUAAAGUUGGAAAACAUACUACUUGAUGCUGAAGGUCACAUAAAAAUAACAGACUUUGGGCUCUGCAAAGAAAACAUCUGUUAUGGAAGAACCACCCACACCUUCUGUGGAACACCGGAAUAUUUAGCACCAGAGGAACGUAACUACAUACCAUAUAAUAUAAUGGUCUACUGUAGUAAAACAUUGGUGAGCACAAAAGAGGAAUGA